AUGCCCAGAAAACUUCCUUCAAGUGUCAUGGUUUUGGGUGUUGUCAGCAAUGAAGGGCAUGUGAUGCCUCCUCACAUUUUUCUGCAAGGCCUUAGGGUGAAUGCUGUUGUGCAUAUUGAGGUUCUGGAUAAAGUUGUUAAGCCUUGGAUCAACAGUGUAUGCAAUAGAAGGCUUGAUGACUUUCAACAAGAUUCUGCACCAUCACACAAGGCUCAAAUGACACAAGAAUGGAUGGCCGGCAAUUUGCAUGAUCACAUUACCACCAAAAUUUGGCCUCCUAAUUCUCCAGAUCUCAAUCCUCUGGACUACUAUGUAUUGAUCAUUGUUCAGAAAAUUGUCAAUGAACACCCCCAUAGCACCAAAGAUUCUUUAAAAGCUGCCAUAGUUCGAGCCAUGUUCGAUAUGAACAAGGAUCACAUGAUCCGAGCUUGUAAACGAUUUCAACCCUGCGUAGAGGCAGUUUUUGAUGCUUAUGGUGGUUUUAUUGAAUGA